ACUUCCGGCGACGCUGCCGUCAAUCCCCCCCCCCCCUCCCCUCCCCUCCCCUCCCCUACCACUUCUCAUUCGGACUGGAAUUUCCAUUAGCUACUGAUCGAUUAAACUACCGAAAUGACCACAAUUCCCUUCCUCUCUUUCACUCCAUUUCCUACUAAACCCAAACUCUCACUCUUCAACUUUCCUUCUCUCGCUCUCUCCUCCAAAACCAACGCUCUCCGUUUAACUUCUUCUUCCCGUGCAUAUUCGUUUUGUUGUCAUUCGAUUUCCAGGCCCGCGAGGAACGUUGUCAGUGGUGGGGGGUUGGCGUUUGCGUGCUCUACGUCGCCGUUUAUCGGAAGAAUCGGAUCGCGUAGGAGGGAAGGCAAUGGUUCUUCGCUUUCUUUUGGGAUAGAACCUGGUGGCGUCACUGAAGUGGCAAAAAGUGAUUCCUCUCAGGUUCUGUCUGCAAUGCUUCCUUUUGUUGUUGCUGCAACUGCCAUUGCUGCUCUUGCUCGCCCAUCCACUUUUACUUGGGUGUCUAAAGAAUAUUAUGCGCCUGCUCUUGGUGGAAUCAUGUUAUCUAUUGGAAUUAAACUUUCCUUUGAUGAUUUUGCUCUUGCUUUAAAAAGACCUUUACCGCUAACUAUUGGGUUAAUCGCCCAGUAUGUUCUCAAACCGGCACUUGGGAUUUUAAUUGCAAAGGCAUUCCGAAUAUCGCCAAUGUUCUAUGCCGGUUUUGUCCUCACAUCUUGUGUUGCAGGGGCUCAGUUGUCUAGCUAUGCCAGUUUUUUAAGCAAAGGAGAUGUGGCCGUCAGCAUUCUUCUCAAUAGUUGUAGCACCAUUGCUUCUGUGCUCGUUACGCCUUUUUUAACAGGUCUUCUGAUUGGGUCUGUUGUCCCAGUUGAUGCAGUUGCCAUGUCCAAGUCGAUAUUACAGGUUGUGCUUGUUCCAGUAGCUCUUGGCCUUGUGCUUAAUACUUAUGCGAAGCCAGUUGUGACAUUUGUUCAACCAACCAUGCCAAUAGUUGCUAUGAUAUGUACCUCCUUGUGCAUUGGUAGCCCUCUUGCAAUAAACCAGACUCAGAUUCUGUCUGCAGAAGGACUUCAAUUGAUUCUUCCAGUGUUGGCAUUUCAUACUGUAUCAUUCGUUUUUGGAUACUGGGUCUCCAGAAUUCCAGCCCUGAGGCAAGGAGAAGAAGUUAGCAGGACAAUUUCGUUAUGCACAGGAAUGCAAAGUUCUACGAUGGCAGGACUGCUUGCAACCCAGUUCCUUGGAAGUAGUCAAGCUGUUCCACCAGCAUGUUCAGUGGUAGCCAUGGCUAUUAUGGGCCUUUGUCUUGCCUCUUUUUGGGGCAGCGGAUCCCGGAUUAGAGACCUACCGUCACUCCUUAUUCCACAAACUGGUUCUACAGUCAAGGCAUAGAGCACUUGGGUAUGGGCUAUGAUGGUGGUUUGGCAGACGAAGUUGAUCAGGUAGCAAAGAUAAAGUACAGAGAGAUAGAUGGGACCAAGGGUAUAGAUAGUUUCUUUUCUUUUUCUUGGUAAAAAAUAUAGAUAAUUAGGCAGUUAUAGUGAGUUGAAGUGGUAGUGGUAGAAGGGCGUUGUAGUACAGGUUUAAUGUAACGUUGCUACUGUAUAUACAUAUAUGACAAAAAGAAAAAGAAUCAUAUAUCACCUCUCUCUCUCUCUCUCUCUAUCGCAUUCUCUGCUAGUUUUCUUGAACUGGGGAUCAAACAAAUGGGCUCCAAAACUUUGUUUGGGCCACAGACAUAAUCGGCUGAAACCACCAAAAUCCAUCACAAACCGAGUGUUGUAUUCUUAGCAAUACAAAAAAGUGGGAAAUUCACAACUGGAGUGUCGAAUGUACAUCAAGAGGUUAGCGGACCGCCAUGCACGGUGGACCCAUCACAUUUUUUUGCACUGACCAGUUCGGCUGUCAUAAGCUCCUGACAAGUUCAAGUCUCAGUCUUUACUUAAGUAACUUUAUUUUACUGGAAUGAUAUAUUAUUAAGAUUAAUCAUUAAUUAGUUGAAAUUAGGCUGUUUA